GGCCUCGCCCAGCCAUGGAGGCGUCCGAGCUCUGGGUCGGGUUCGUGGGCGCCGGGCGCAUGGCCGGAGGGCUCGUCCGGGGGCUGCUGCAGGCAGGGAAGGUUCCAGCCAGCAACAUCCUGGCCAGCGCUCCCUCAGACAAAAACCUGGAUGCUUGGCGGAAGUUGGGCUGCCGGACCACACACUGCAACCUGGAAGUGGUGCACAGGAGCACCCUGGUUUUCCUGGCCACCAAGCCCCACAUCCUGCCGGGUGUCCUGGAGGAGAUCCGUCCCGCUGUGGGGUCCCACCACAUCGUUGUGUCAUUGGUGGCUGGUGUCACCAUCCAGACACUGCAGCGGCUCCUCCCACCCUGGACCAAAGUGCUGCGGAUCAUGCCCAACCUGCCCUGCGUGGUGCAGGCAGGGGCCAUGGUCUUCUCCCGGGGCAGCAAUGCGGGUGAUGAAGAAGCCGCGCUCCUCAAGAGCCUCCUGUCCUCCUGUGGCCUCUGUGAGGAGGUCCCCGAAUCCUACAUUGACAUCCACACCGGGCUCAGUGGCAGCGGCGUGGCAUACGUGUACCUGUUUGCCGAGGCGUUAGCUGAGGGUGCGGUGAAGAUGGGAAUGCCGGGCGCCUUGGCCAGCAGGAUCGCGGCGCAGACGCUGCUGGGUGCAGCGAAGAUGCUGCUGGAGACGGGGGAACACCCGGCAAAGCUGCGGGGGGACGUCUGCACGCCUGGGGGCACCACGAUCUACGCCCUGCACCAGCUGGAGAAGGGAGCGCUCCGGGCCACCGUGAUGGAUGCCGUGGAGGCGGCCACCAACCGGGCAUAUGACAUGGCCAAGGACUAGUGGACAAGCCCCUUCUGGGACAGGAGGGGUGACAGGGACCAAAGCGAGCUCCUCUGAGGAACAGGGGGAUCCUGACAGCUUCAGGAGAACCUGGAUGAGGGUGGGAGGUGGUGGAGACACGUGUUACCUCUGCAGGGCUGCAACCAAAUAAACGUGGCCAGAGC